GAGAUUGUUUUAGUGGAGGGCAGUCGUGUGUUUGAGUCCUGGAAGACCCCUCCCCCUCCCGUCUUCAUGGAGUUUUUCUUCUUCAAUGUGACCAACGCUGACGAGUUCCUCAAAGGGGCCAAACCAGAGCUCAUUGAGAUCGGCCCUUACACAUACAGGGAGUACAGGUACAAGGACAACGUAACCAUGGUGAAUAAUGGAACCAUGGUCUCUGCAUACAACACUAAAAGCUUUGUGUUUCUGAGAGAGAAGUCUGUGGGAGACCCAGCCGUCGACGCCAUCACUACUGUCAACAUCCCUGCUUGGGCUGCAAUGAACAAGGCCAAAGGCAGUUUCUUUAGGUCCUCCGUGGUGAACCUCUAUAUGAACUCUGUCAAGAGUGGCUUAUUUACCACACGCACUGUAGAUGAACUGCUUUGGGGCUAUGAAGAUCCACUGUUGGCCCGCAUAUCUGCAGCUAGUCCUGAAGUGGAGAAGGACUUUGGCCUUAUGCACAAGAAAAAUGGGAGUAAUGAUGGAGAAUUUGUCUUCCACACUGGAGAACAGAACUACUUGGAUUAUGGCCGGGUUGACACAUGGAAAGGUCAAAGACAGCUGACUUUCUGGUCAAGUAAUGAGAGCAACAGCAUCGUUGGGUCAGAUGGAAGCACUUUCCAUCCCCUAUUGAACAAGGAUGAGCGCAUUUAUAUCUUUACUCCAGACCUAUGCAGAGCGUGGUGAUCGAUGAUGCGUCUGCAGAGAGAGUGCACAAACUACUGAUGAUUGUCAGUCUGGUGUCCAACUUUCCGCUCUUUAUUGUUGGACUGGGUGGGAUCAUGCUACUCAUCUUCAUCACCCUCCUCAUCCAGGCCCAUCAAAAGAAGAAGGAAGUUAAGUGCAUUGAGUUUUCCAAGGCUAUGUAUUCUACGUCAAACGAAGACGACACCUCUUACUCUCCGGUCAGUGUCAAGGACAAAGAUGAUCCCAAAAACGGAAACUAUAUCGGCAUGACGCCUAAAGCUGACCCACAAGCUUGAGGAAGAAGUCGAGGAAACGUGUGUGUGUGUGUGUGGGGGGGGGUGUUUAAGAAAAAAAGACAGAAGGCCUGUUUUAAUUUGAAAUGACAUAAAUUAGAUAUAUUUUUGUGAAAACGUCCAGAUUCAGCACACAAACAAAGCAGUUUGACAUCCUCUGUACUUCUUAUUGUUCAUCACUUGUUGUUGAAUUAUUGCUGCAGUGACUUUAGAUGGAGAGAGCACUUUUUCUACAAAAAAAAAAAAAAAAA